AUGUUCAGAGGAGUCUCUCAGCAAGCUCCCCAGGACAAUCUCCUGAAAAGGAUCAGAGAUAGAAGAGCAGAGAUAAAGAACAACGAAGCGCCUGAAGUGGUUUCUUGGAUCGUGGUAUUGAAGCUGCCAAAACAGAAGGUGUGCAGUGUCUGUGCAGAAACGCUGCCACGGCAGCGCUUCCCAAGGCUAGCAGACUGCGAGCAUGAUCCCGACGUCUGCAAUGAAUGCUUUCUUCUGUGGCUCAAACAACAAAUGGAAAGUGUGACUAACGUCCUAUGUCCGUCAAGUGGAUGCAAUCACGCAAUCACUCAUGAAGACGUACGUAAGAACACACCUCAAGAUGUAUUCACUCGGUUUGACGAGCUGUCUAUGCGUAGUCUCCUUAGUGCCGACAAAAGCUUCCUCUAUUGUCAAGCUGAAGGAUGCUCAUCGGGCCAGAUCCACGAUACCGGGAUAGAAGGUCCCAUCUUUCGUUGCGCAGCAUGUGGCUAUCGUAUGUGUACUGCACACGAUCCUAUUAUACCUUUCCACGAGAAUGAAAGUUGCACACAGUAUAGCGCGCGUAUCGCUCGGGAGAUAGCCCAGGCCGAGGAGGAAGAAAGAGCCAGGACUCAACAAGAAGAAGAGGCUAGAGUCAGAAGAGAGCAAGAAGCAGCGAGCGCGGCUGAGGUCGCAAAGUCUUCAGUCGAAUGCCCAGGUUGUGGGGUGCAGAUCCAGAAGACCGAAGGCUGCGGUCAUAUGACUUGUAACAAUUGCAGAUUCGAAUUCUGCUACGUUUGUCGAGCACCAUAUGCUGGCAGGCAAGGCGUUCGCCAAAUUGGUAACACGGCGCACAACGAAAGCUGUCGAUAUCAUCCGACAAAGCUGCCGAUGUACCAGGGCACUGCUUGA